UGGAUGUUACGGGGGUGUCAGGCCCGUCUGGGCAGGGAUUGGCAGGGUGUAAUCAGCCUGUGCUGACGCUGCAGACACAGAGACUGCCAGACACAUGCUGUGUAACCCACAGGAGUAAGGUGUCACUUAUAGCUCAGGUAAGUACAAUGGUGGACAGCGUGUACAGGACGCGGUCCCUCGGAGUGGCAGCUGAAGGCCUUCCAGAUCAGUACGCUGAUGGGCAAGCAGCUCGAGUCUGGCAUUACUACAUUGGAGACAAGAGAGGCCGCACAGAUGAGUAUCGCACAUGGAUCCUGUCCCUGCUGCACACACACAACUGCCGGACGGUGCUGGAUGUCGCCUGUGGCACUGGGGUGGACUCGGAGAUGUUGGUAGAAGAAGGAUUCUCGGUGGUCAGUGUUGAUGCCAGUGAUAAAAUGUUGAAGUAUGCCUUGAAGACUCGCUGGAACAGAAGAAAAGAGCCCGCAUUUGACAAGUGGGUAAUCGAGGAGGGUAACUGGCUGUCUCUGGAUCAGGCCAUCUCUCGCCCUGGAUUGGGAUUUGAUGCUGUCAUUUGCCUGGGGAAUUCAUUUGCACAUCUUCCGGAUUUUAAAGGUAUCACUUUCCCCCUUACAAAGAAUGGUUUAACCCAACUAUACAGACGGUACAGGGUGGGACUGGUCCAUACGGUGUAACGGGUGAAGCACUGG